AUGUUCCUACAACCGGAGACUCACGCUAUUACCGAAGAGCAACUAAUUAAUGAGGUCAGAGCAAUUUAUGCCGGCCUAGUUAUGGUUGAAAAGAAGUGCAUUGAAAUUGAUAAGCAACAAAGUAACAAUGCAGACGGCCUUAAAGAGUUGCAGUGGCAGGCUCUGAUUGCACUCCAUAGAACCCUUCUCCAUGAACACCAUGACUUCUUCCUUGCUUCAAAUCACCCGGCUGCAAGUGUUGUAUUGAGGAAGUUAGCUGAUAAAUACUCAAUGCCUGCGCGCAUGUGGCGAUAUGGCAUUCAUUCCUUCCUUGAGUUGCUACGGAAAAAGCUACCAGCAUCUCUGGAGCAUAUGCUCUCAUAUAUUUACAUGGCUUACUCCAUGAUGACGUUGCUUUUAGAGAGUGUUCCGGCUUUUGAGAGAACCUGGAUCGAAUGCUUAGGAGACCUCGCCCGGUAUAGGAUGGCUAUUGAGGAAAUUGACAUGUCUGAAAGAGAUAAAUGGAGUGGAGUGGCUAGGCAGUGGUACUCUAAAGCAGCGGACAAAAGUCCAGAAGUUGGGCGAAUUCAACAUCAUCUCGCUGUGUUGGCUCGUCCAAAUCUGCUCCAACAACUGUUCUAUUAUUCCAAGAGCUUGACAAGUAUUCAGCCAUUUACAAAUGCACGAGACAGUAUCGCGCUUGUCUUUGGCCCUCUCUUGGAUGCAAGCAAACCCGUGAAUAAAUCAAACCCAGAAAUAUUGAUAAAGUUUGUUAAAGUGCAUGGGUUAUUUUUCAGAAGAGGAGAAGUUUCCAAAGCUCUUCCUUUGGCUAAAUCGUUCCUCGAUCAGCUUGAUGACCAUAUUGAAUCAGUUGGAGCGAUAUUCCGAGAACAAGGCGUGUAUAUCUCCUCUUCCAACUAUGCUGCGAUAUUCGAUUAUGGUCAAUCAGACUCCAAGCUUUUUCCUAUGUUCGACUCCAAAAACCUUGCUCAAGAAUCAAAACAAGAGAUUGUGGAUGCCGCUUGUGCCUAUUGGGCCAACCCGCCUUGCCAGCAGACCGCGAUUAGUCUUCGGGAAAUCCCAGAGAAUCUAGACCUCAGAUUCCAUACAAGUGACCAUGUUGCUUCCUAUGCUUCUCAUCUGGCUUUCUACACAUUGGAGCUUGUCCUUGAAAGGAUAGGAGAUAGGGAUGUUCUCCCAUAUGCUCAUGUGUCAUUAGCAUUUCUGUGGUGUAUUUCUUUGGUUCCAAAGAGUAUGGAAUAUAUUCAAGCAGAUGUUCCUUGGGCCCGAAUUGCUUCGUUCCUGAAUUCACUUAUUAAAUCAGAGAAGGGCAAGGAGAAGACUGAUACCGACGAGUUCCCGGUUAACGAGACCUCUAAACAGCUACCAGAAGACUUUUUAAUUCGAGGCUUAGCAUGGAGUCAAUUGUAUUAUCCCGAGGAUUUCUUUGACGAAAUUGCAGAUGAAGAAGAACGGUCUGUUGAGGCUCCAUCAGUGGUUAUACCUCGAACGAAACGCUGCCUAUGGUUAGGGCUCAAUAUCGCUAAGUUAAACUGCUGGAUCAAGUACGACGACGAAAAACGUCGGUUCUUUGCAACUUCAUUCACCGAAGAACUAGCUGGUCUUACUGAAGGACAUCAAGUCUUAAGCAGACAUAAUGAACAACAUGAUGUGGACACCAAGAUGACCGGUGUGUGA